AGUAGGAAACAGGAAGAAGCAAGAGACACAUUGCUAGCAGCCAGCAGAGUGGGGAGCAGCAUAGGAGCAAACAGACUGAUGGUGGAUGAGGAGGCACCACACAUGGAGGCAUGGCUGGUGUCGCCUCCAGGACAAACUCAAGCUGCUGCUUAUUUGGAGUGCAGCUGACAGCUUCUGGAUCUUCUCCUUCCACUCCCAGUCUUCAACAAGACCAUGGAGGAUGUAUCUCCAGACACGGAAACCCCAUUGGUCGGGCAAUCCCUCCUGGAACGGCGUGUUCGCCAGCGAAAUCCGAAAGUGUCAGUUCUUAAAUCAAAGCUGAAAAAGGGUUUGACUUGCUCAGGUCCAAAGGUCCGAUCCACUCUUAAAGGGUUCUUCCCUGUGCUGCACUGGCUGCCAAAAUACAAGCUGAAAGAGUACAUCUGGGGCGAUGUGAUGUCUGGGUUGAUUGUUGGUAUCAUUUUGGUACCGCAGGCCAUCGCGUACUGCCUGUUAGCAGGAGUGCCACCCAUUUAUGGUCUAUACACUUCGUUUUACGCCAAUAUCAUUUACUUUCUCAUGGGGACGUCUCGACAUGUAUCAGUUGGGAUCUUCAGCCUCAUGAGCCUCAUGGUAGGACAGGUGGUGGUUAGGGAAGUUUUCCUGGCUGGUUUUGACAUGAAUGAGGACUCUACCCCAUCUCCUCAUCAAGACUUACAUGACACAGUGGGUGCAAACCUCACUAAUGAACCCGAGUUCACCGUGGAGCUGAUGGGUAGGCAGUUAGGGAAGGAUUCCUUUGCUAUCAGUGUCGCUGCUGCUGUUACAUUCCUGGCUGGAGUCUAUCAGAUUUUGAUGGCAGUGUUUCGGCUCGGAUUUGUCUCCGUCUACCUCUCGGCUCCCAUGCUAGAUGGGUUUGCCACCGGAGCUUCUUUCACCAUCCUGACUGUGCAAGCUAAAUACUUGUUGGGUCUAAAGAUACCUCGUCAUCAGGGCUAUGGGACAGUAGUCGUUACUUGGAUUAACAUCUUCGCCAACAUUCACAAGACCAACCUGUGUGACCUCAUCACAAGUGCCACAUGCAUCAUAAUUUUAGUGGCUGGGAAAGAGAUCCAGGAGCGCUACAAGGACCGCUUAAAGAUCCCCUUACCUACAGAGCUGGUAGUCGUGGCGGGAGCUACACUUGCCAGCCACUUUGGGGAAUUCAAUACCCAAUACCAUUCCAGUGUCUCUGGUCACAUUCCCACAGGAUUUAUCCCACCUCAGGUCCCCGCGUUCAGUAUGAUGUCACGGGUGGUGCUGGAUGCCAUUCCUGUGGCUGUCAUUAGUUUUGCCUUCACCGUGUCGCUAUCUGAGAUGUUCGCAAAGAAACACGGAUAUACCAUUCGUCCCAACCAGGAGAUGGUGGCUAUUGGACUCUGUAACGUUGUCCCCUCCUUCUUUCACUGUUUCACCACGAGUGCAGCGCUGGCAAAAACAAUGGUGAAGGAUUCAACCGGCUGCCAGACUCAGGUAUCAAGUCUGAUCAGCGCCCUGGUAGUCCUUCUUGUCCUCCUCUUCUUCGCUCCAUACUUCCAAGCACUUCAGAAAUGUGUCCUUGCUUGCAUCAUCAUUGUAAGCCUUCGAGGAGCACUGAGGAAGUUCAGGGAUGUCCCAGCCAAGUGGCGAGCCAGCCGGACGGAUGCCAUUGUUUGGUUGGUAGCCAUGUCAGCCACUGCUCUGAUCAGCGUGGAGCUGGGCUUGCUUGUUGGCAUGGUUUUUUCAAUGAGCUGCAUCAUCUAUGAAACCCAGAAUCCAAAGGUCUCUCUCCUUGGCCGGGUCAACGACACCAAUCUGUAUGAGGACAUAGAGGAGUACAAGAAUCUCACAGCGCCAGGUCGGGUUAAGAUCUUCCGUUUCCAGGCUCCUUUGUACUAUGCCAAUAGGAAUGCUUUCCUCAGAUCCCUCUACAAAGCUGUCGGAGUAGAACCUUUCUUGGAGUUGACUAAAAGAAAAAAGGCAGAGAAGAAGGACAAAAAGCAAGCCAAGACAAAUGGAGAGAAAACCAACUUUGAUGUCUUUGUAGGUGUUGGCAAAAAAGAACUAGAGUUCCACACAAUAGUUUUAGACUGCUCAGCCAUCCCUUUCAUUGACUCAACAGGCAUGGCCACUUUCACAGCGCUGGUUAAGGAAUAUAAAGAGAUCAGUGUAAGUGUGCUCCUUGCAUGCUGCAACACCUCAGUCAUCGAUGCUCUCCAGAAGGGAGAGUUCUUUGGGAGGAAAAACAAAGAUACAAGUAGUCUGUUGUUUUAUACAGUUCAUGCUGCUGUUCUUCACGCAAACAGAGCAGCAGAAGAAAGUAAAGCGGAGGACUCUGUGGUGUAGAUUGACUGGAGAAAACUUUUUUUUUUCUUUUCUCUGUGUGCUUAAAAGGGUGUAUUAAGAAGCUCUGAAAGUAUACCCUGGAAAAAAUUGUCCAUAAAACAAAGAGGUACCAAGAGAAGAAAUAGCAAAGUGAAGAAUAUAUAGAAAUAUUUUUUAAUUUUAUACCCUUGAGUAAUGAUCAACAAUGCUUUUUUUGGAGCAUUUUGAAGGUCCAAAGAGCUACUUUUUAAAGCCAGUAAAUAAAUAACCCAAUGACCAAUUGUAUUUGAAAAAUUCCUUUUAAUGUUAAAUUUAUAUUUUUCUGUAUGACAAAAAGUUGAAAGUACAAAUGUGGCGACGGUGGCUCAGGUAGUAGAGGUUUGUCCAGUAAUCGGUGGGUAGCUGGUUUGAACCCUUGCUCUGUCUGUCUUAGUUGUUGUGUCCUUUGACAAGACACUUCACCCAUCUUGCCUGAUGUUGGUGAUCUGAUUGUAUGGCAGCUGCACUUCUGUAAGUCUCCCCCAGUCCAGCUGUAGCUACAAUGUAGCCUACCACAGUCAGUCUGUGAAUGGGUGGAUGACUGAUUGUAGUGUAAAGUGCUUUGGAGUCCUCAGAAAUGAUAAAGCCCUAUACAAGUGCAGGCCAUUUACCAUUAAAUCAUUUCACCAACAGAGAUCAAAUCUAUCAAUGUGGCUUGGUUCACCAGGUUUCGACAUUUGCUCUCCUUUAGUUUGCAGAUUUUAAUCUAUUGGCUUCACUAAGGACUGAGCCAGUGGUGGUCUAUUAUGUAGCUUUCUCCCACAGAGUUUCUCUUCCCUUUCUGCACAAGGGAAAGGAGCUAAAAGCCUAACCAAACACACUCAUUGCUACCCCAGAGAGUGCCUAUGUAUUAUUUUUAGUUGCUAGGUGUACAUGUGUACAAGAUUUCGAGCAGGUCGAACUGAUUUAGAAUUGAGUCAGGAAUAUUGUCAGAGCAUUAAAAGAGGCAUUAAAACAGAUAAAGCACUCCGACAAGUGUUUUCUGAAGUGUAGCUUUUUUAAUUUAACUUCACCAUUCAUAGGAAUGUGUUCAAGUAGACAUGUUUGACUUUUGUUAUCGAUUGAUGAGUUUUCCAUAAACACUUAUGUAAAUAUAAAAAGUUAUUUAGACCCAAAUCCACAUAGACUUUACUCCUCACGGUCGGAGUCCAGACUUGUAGGUUUAGCCACCACUUCCUGACGUGCCAACUGUCACUUUGGACUAUAAAUCAUUUGUAAAAGGCUGGUUAAACUCUUCCUGACUAACGGAAAAGGUCAGGAGGAGACGUUUUACGUGACAAACAAGGACUCUGCUGGUUUUGAGAGAACCUUGCAUUCAGAAAAUGAGUCUUUGGAGCACACUUGCAACCUUGUUCUGAACAGGCAGCAGCAGCUGUAAAAACAUGGUUUGAGCAUUUUUUUGGUGCUUUUAAAAUGUUUUGAGUUUUUACACAGCAGGUGAUAUCUCACAUGCAUUUUGUAAGAUAUUCUCAAACAUUGUUUUUCUUAAUCAAAAAUGUUGUGACUAGCAUAAUAAGUUCAAACUGCUGUACUUUGGUUAAACUACUGUUUUUUCAUUGUCUUUUAUCCUGUUGAGACCAAGACUGAUUACUGAUUAUCUAACAGCAAAAUGUGAAAAACCUUUUAUAUAAUGUAAUGAAAACAUGAUCAUAAAUAUAGACAGCGUUAUUAUUUAUAAAAAUUAAUAAGUAACCUAACUCUUCCAUGCUUUCAUUUAAUUUAAAUAAUGACUGAUUCUAUUUUGAGAAGUCUCAUGGGUUGUAAGUGUGACUUUUUUUGUAUAGCUAUUCAGCUUUCAGAAAGAUUUUACAAUAUUUAGUAUUUCAAUUAAAAUGACUCUUAAGUGAAGCAUGUGUGUGGCUUUGCUUUAUUAUUAAAAGAGUAUUUGAUGUGAAGAAAAGAGUCACUAUGUUGCAGUUUGAAUCAAAUAUAUGGACCAGCAGUGUUUCAAGUUGCCAAUAUGGCACGUUUGCAAGUUUAGAACAUAAGUGAAAACAUGUUUACAAGUACAGUCUGUUUGAUGAUCUUCAUUAUUUUUUUUGGUUUACUCACAGCCCACUUGAUAUUUUCUCUUUUUCAAGCAAUUCUUUGUGAACCUGAGAGAUGGUUGAGUGUGAAAAUCCCAGUUCCUAAUAUACUCACACCAGCCCAUUUGGCACCAACAGCCAUAUCCACUGUAUUCCCCAUUCUGGUGCUCAAUUUAACUUCAUCAAGUCACAUGUAAAUGCCUAAAUGCACUGAGCUGCUGCCUUUUGACUGGCUGAGUCACAUUAUUUGUGUUAACAAGCAACUGAACAAAUAAAAAGAAACUGUGGUCUGAUUUCA